AUGCCAGAAGUUGCAGAGGUCGCCCAUGUUGUAUCUUUACUUAAGAAAUCCAUAAUUGGCUCCAAAAUCCUUAAAAUUACAGGAGCUGAUGACUUGAUCAUACAAACUCCUUUAACGUUCACUGGGACUAUUAAGAAAGUUGGAAGACAUGGAAAGUAUUUUUGGAUUACAGUAGAUGAAGGUAAGAAAGUUGGACACCUUAUUAUGCAUUUAGGAAUGACAGGAAUGGUUAAAAUCGAAGGAGUCAAUUCUCAUAUGGUAUUCAUGGAAAAUGCAAAAAUCAGUGUUGAUAAUGAAGAGAUCAUCGUUAACGGAGAUAGUAUUAAGAGCAAAACAGAGACCAAAUCGAAGUAUUUCAAAGAUUCUGAUAAACUGAAACUUCAGCAAGCAUUUGAAGAAGCAGAAAUUAAGAAAGAAGUGGAAAUGGAGGAGGAAGUUAAAGAACCGACAGAGCAAUGGCCACCGAAGUACACAAAAUUUGAAAUAACAUUAGAUACCCAUAGGUUGGCAUUCACGGACCCAAGGAGAUUAGGGAGAGUAAGAUAUUUGCCUCAAUUGUUUGAAAUUGAGCCUCUAUCACUACAGGGCCCUGAUUACUCUAAAAAUAAAAUUGACCCUGACCCCACCAUAUAUAAACCCAUUCCAACUUUCGAAGAAUUCAAGGCUAUAGUUAUCAAGAGGAAUAAACCUAUAAAAGCAUUGUUACUUGAUCAAAAAGUUUUUGCUGGUGUGGGAAAUUGGGUUAGUGACGAAAUUUGUUACAGAUCUAGAAUUCAUCCCGGAAGUAAUUUUCACAAAUUUGAAAACGAAGAGAUCUUAUUUGACUUAUAUGAUAGUAUAUUGAGCGUUUGUCAACAAGCUGUUGCUAUUGAAGGUGAUAUUAAACAAAUGGAAGGUUGGUUAAUGCUCUACAGGUGGGGAAAAGGUAAGAAAAAACAACCGAAAAUUAAUGGAGAAUCUAUCAAGUUUGAAACAAUUGGUGGUAGAACAGCCUGUUUUGUACCAAGUCAAAAAUAUUACACCAAUAAGAGUAAAAUUAUUACUAAUGGUAAAAAGUCUGGAUCGGAUAAAAGAAAGUAUUAA